CGAACGUUGUCCCGUGUCAGCAUCUCUGAAAAGCGGCAACUCCAACUCUGGGCGUUCUACCAAAUGUUUGAAGCGGCAAGGAACGAGUGCUUCGUCUGGCAGGUUUUGGUUUCCUGAUGCAGACACACCAUGGCGGAUAGACUUCUGUUUGCGGAAGGUCAUAGAAGACGAAAUACUCCGCAGUGCAUCGGCCGAUGAUCUAAGCAAUGAUCCCACGGCGCACUCCGUACUCGGUAGACUCUGGGCGAUUCCAGUUACAUGGGGAAGGGUGAAUGGGAUUCAGCAGACCCCGAAGAGCCAUCGUCAUGAGUCGCAAGCAGAGUGGUGUGUAAUAUGCCCACAGAUGGCACAGAGGACAUUAUGUUCGUCCCUCUGGACUUAACAUUGUUAUAAGUCCAUCAUGAUCGGACGUUGAUAAUGAUUGUGGUAGCCUCGAGUGAGAAGUCUUCAGCCUCGUCGGCUAGAAGAUUGCCCGGCGUCCUUACCUACAGCAGGCACUUUUAGGGAUUAUCGAAGGGACUCGAUCCAUGCUCAGGGUAUGAACAUAUAAAGCAGCAUUUCCCUUUCACCGCACUCGGGAUGCAUGUGAAGUGGCCAAGUCAAGCUCGGCUCCUGAUUCGGAAUACAUGCCGACGCUCGCCGUUGAGGCUGUCGCACUACCUGGUAAUCUUUUGGCCGACGACUAGCCCACGAGGCUCUCGAGGCUGUUCGUCGCAACAACAUAGAAAUUGAUGCUUUGACUCAUGUGAAACAAAUCACCAACAUCGCUAACAAGAUCCGAAUAACCUGAACAUACUGACAACUUGUACUGCAGCCGAAAAGGAUCAGAUAUAUCAUAUCGGGCCGAUAUCAUGAUAGCAACGAAACCUCGGAUACUCUUCUUCAAUCCAGUAAGACACGCGGUAGCCGCAUAUGAGGCGUUGUGUCGGGUCGCACAAUGUGAAGUGGUGACUAGUAAGUCGCGGAAGGAAUUCUUUGGGGAUGUUCGCAACAAAUAUCACAAUGUGGAAGCGAUUUAUAGGACUUCUGCAAGCGGUGCGGUCGCCGGGAAUUUCGACAAGGAGUUCAUUGAUCAACUCCCACCAACGUUAAAGUUCAUCUGCCACAAUGGAGCAGGAUAUGAUCAAAUUGAUGUGGAUGCAUGUGCAAUACGGAACAUCACCGUCACCUAUGCACCUGACCCUGUGACCAAUGCUACUGCAGACCUCGCCAUAUUCUUGCUCCUUGGAGCACUGAGACAAUUAAACCCGGCCAUCAAUAGCAUUCACAAGGGUAACUUCAAAAGGGGAGUUGACUUUGGACAUGACCCUCAGGGGAAGACAUUGGGUAUCCUUGGAAUGGGCCGUGUCGGCAAGGCAGUCGUGCAAAGGGCUCGACCUUUCGGCAUGAAUGCAAUUUACCACAAUCGGAGAGAACUUCCAACUGAUCAGGCUGAUGGAGCAAUAUACGUCUCCUUCGACCAGUUGCUGUCCGACAGCGACGUUAUUUCCGUCCACGUGCCACUGACCAAAGGUACAACACAUCUUAUCGGCAAAGAGCAGAUCGCAAAGAUGAGACCUGGUGUUGUCAUUGUCAACACCGCUCGAGGUGCAAUUAUCGACGAGGCCGCUAUGGCGGAAGCGCUGGACGCCGGAAAGGUUGCAGCAGUUGGUCUGGAUGUGUACGAAAGGGAGCCCCAAGUCGAUGAAAGACUGUUGAAGAAUGAGCGUGCUCUGCUGAUUCCACAUCUCGGCACACAUACAACAGAGACCUUGGCCAAAAUGGAGACGCUGGCGAUGGAGAACGCCCGUCGUGGUGUUCUAGGGGAAGAGCUUUUGACCAUAGUCCCAGAGCAACUGCCACCAAGAUAGAUUCGCACAUCGCAGAAUGUUGCUUAGAUCAGAGUCACAGAAUGCCUCUUUUCUGCCAGACUUCCUCUAGCUCAACGAGGAAUGAAAGUUCCUCUCCGGAAUAUAUCGCCUGGUAUCUGUGUUGCAGGUCUUGUCGUAUCACAGCGACAUCUUCGGGUGAAUCGACAGCAUAGCCAAAAACAAGAGCCGGCCACGAGCCGAGAUAGCACUUUGACCAGUCUUCUUUGAUCCGAGGGCAUUGCAUUAUCUGCAGUGCCCUGCUCAACUGCCACGACUUUCC